CUCUCAUGCAUGGAGCUAUAAGGGCAAAGUGCCCCCCAACGACCAAUGGUGACGCUUCAUAACCACCACGUGUCACUACCGGAGCCAGCAAGGCAUGUUACGUGGCAAGAAUUCUUGUUAUUAAAGAAAGAAUUCAGUUCAGAGGCGCAUAUGCUUUGACUGGUGAAGUUAUGAGGAAAGAUUCAGAGAGCAAAAAUGGCCUUUCUCCUCUUCGCUCGUGGAAAUGUGGAAUGGUGUUUUAGCUUUUUCUUUAGGGUUUUGUACGUUGGUCUAGGUUUGCUCACUUUGCGGUUAUGGAUGUUUGGAAGUUUCUGAUCAAAAGUGAGCUAUAACUUCCAUCUAAACAAAACCAGAAAACAAGAGCCAAGUAGGAAUGGCAAUGGGGCAGGUCCGGGGCGGGUAUUUCGAUAUCCAUACCCGCCUCGUGGUAGGCUGAGUCGGGUCAGGUAAUUUAUCAUGGAGUGCGGGUCGGGGCAGGUCGACCCAUUGGGUAUAUAAUUUAUGCGAAAACAUUAGAAUUAUUCGUUAUUUUUAUUAAAAGACCGAGAAAGAUAUCAUAAUUUAAUAAAAUGUAGUUAAAUUAUUGGAGAAAUUGAGUUUUUCACUUAUUUACAACUUUAUUAUACAUAAAAUAUGAUGUAAUAAGAGGAAAAUCCUAAGUCAUUUGACUAAGAUUACAUGUAAUUUAGGCAAGAACGGGUCGAGAAUGGGGCGGGUCAGGGCAGGUCGGGUCGAUGAGAGGUACCCUUCCCGCCCCGCCCCGCCUACGAUCGAAAUCAGGUCAAACAGGUCGGGUAAAUCGGGUCAGGUCGAAAUUGCCAUCCUAGAGCCAAGGCUUGUUAAUUAUGCAUGUUCUAUACUAGAAUGAGUGAGUAGGGGGGAAAUUGUACAAAAAUAAUUUUACAAUUUACAUCCUUGUUGAUAUAAGAUUUUAUUUUUUUCGAAUGAUCUGAUUUACUAGAUUGAAGUUAAGAGGGGCAGUAUCCCCUCUAUAACAUAGAUAAAACUACAUGUAAAUUUUGUGCAAAUUUAGAAAAUUAGAAUACAAUCAAAAUAAUUCAAGACAACUGUCUCGUUCGGAUUUCUGACUCACGCACUCUAGAGGAUUAUUUUUUUCAAAAUAUGAUAAUGUUAAUAUUUAUUAAUAGAAAAAAUGAAAGAAAAAUGAAAAGAAUUUCCAAUUCAAUUUCGUAACGAUUCAAAGAAUUUUUGUUCGAAUGAAGUUAUCCAACACAUUUUAGUUCAUAUUAUUAUAAUUAUUUUCUUCUUUUUCAUAUAAAAUGAUUGAGAAAUUCAAAUUUGAAAUUGAAAUUAAUCAGGUGAACUUAUUAUUUAUAAAGCAGUAUCACGACGAAAUUACGCCUUAGAAUUUUUUUUCCUUCGUGGCUAAUGAGGUUUCGUUUCAAUCAAGUAAAUAAUAACCAUUGUAUAAGUUCUCGAACCUUUGCGAACAACUAGAAUUAUCCGAAUAAAUUCAUUCGUACACGACAAAUUAAAUUCCCUUAAUACAAAAAUCAAAUAGUAUAUUUAAAUACCCUUUGUGGGAUGAAUAAUAGUAUACAAUAACACGUUGUGGGUUUUAGGGAAGUGGGCGUGGGAAUUUGAUGAGAGAAUUGGGUCGCAUUUUGCCAUUUCAAGGCAACCUUAUAGCUUUGUUUGUUCUGGCCUAAGUUUUGUCGCCUUCAAUUUCAAUACAGAAAGAAACAACCAAAGAAAAGGUGACGAUGUCCCGCCCAUACAUAUAUAUAUAUAUAUAUAUACCAGCAACGUUAAAUUCCGUCAUAUAUGCGACCCUUGAAAACUAUAAAGAAGAAGAAUAUUGGGUGACAUAAUAAUGCACACAAAAAUAUAUUCCAUUCCUCAAUCCACAAGCAACCCAUAUUCCCCACACACGAGUGACACAAUUCGUGGAAUCAACGUAUCCACGUAUAUAUCUACGUUGCAUAAUAACGCUUUUUUUUUAUAACCGGGAUGUCGAUGACAAGGGGAUGUCGAUGACAAGGUUCUAAAUGAACAUAAAUGUAUAAUGAUCGUAUGUGUUAUUAUUUUGGUGUCGGUCUUGUAUGGUGUAUAUUAUUGAAAGUUUUAAAGAUGAUUCAGUAUGACCAUAAGCCAAAAAAAAAAUUCUUCCUUCUUUCUCUAAAUUAAUAUUCGAAGGAUCGAUAUAUUUCGCAUAGGUGAUUGUACGUAGCUUCGAGAGAUUAAUAACUAAUUAACAAAACUUAAUAUUCUAAUACCAUGUACAAUGUUUAGAUUGAUAUAAUUAUUUGUUUCCACAUGUGUAGUCUCGUAAGAUUCGAGACACGUAACUUCUGCACUCAAAAAAAAAAAAAAACAGAUUACAGGCAGAUUCCAAAAUUCACGCCCAUAAACUCAACCUCGAUCACCAAAAGAAAGUCGAUCCCCGCCACAAACCCUCUCUUUUUUCCGUAUUUUCUUCCGCCGCAAGCUCCAUUUUUCUUCGAAUCCAAUCACACCCUCCUAGGCAACCCUUCCGAGACUACACGCGCGCAGAAACAAAUAUCGAAAUAACGGAGCUAAUCGCGAUGUCACACUCUUCUAGAAACAAUUUAACCUCAUAGUCAAAUGUGUAUAGAUACACAAGCCGGCCAUACAAUAAAAUUAAAGAUAAGGACCAAGAAUGUUCUAUGUAUAGUAGCGCCCAAAGGAUGCCAUGCAAUAUGGUUUCUUGCUGUUUAUUUAUUAAUUAAUUUACUAAUAACGUUCAUUCAUUCUGUUGUCCAUUGAGCAAGGGAGCGCGCACGUAGUCGGACCCCGGAAAUCCAGUGUCGCGUUUCUCCCCACUUUAAUUCAAAAUCGAAACUCUCAAAAAAACGAAACUGCAUGCUGCUGCUGCAAUGCAACUGACUCCCAUGGCAAAAAAAAAAAAAAAAAAAAAAGCUGCAAGCUUAACAUAGUGACAAAACACCGCAACAGAUCUCACUGACUCAAAAAAUAGCCCAGCAGCACUCUCUUCUUUCCACUGUUGCAUUUAUUCUCCCGAUCCUCCCCACCACCUCACUUUCCUCCCUACAUACGUUUUCCCUCUCCCUUCCUCCACCUCUCUUCAUUUCUUACACCCAAAGAAGAAGAAGAAGAAGAAGAAGAAGAAGAAGAAGAAGAAGAAGAAGCAAGAAUGAAAAGAGUGCACGAAGGUAUUGGCCUGAAACUCGCGGGAUAUUCCUCCACCACUCCUUCUUCUCUAUCAUCAUCGACUACGACGUCGUCUUCAUGGGAAUUGGGCGGCGGCGGCGGGGGGAAGGUGGCGGCGGCGAUGCAGCAGCAGCAGGUGGUGGUGAGGCCUUACGUUCGGUCAAAGUCGCCGAGGCUGAGGUGGACUCCGGAUCUUCACCGGUGCUUCGUCCAUGCCGUUGACCGCCUCGGCGGAGAAGACCGGGCGACGCCGAAGAUGGUUCUGCAGAUAAUGGAUGUGAAGGGACUCACCAUCUCCCACGUCAAGAGCCAUCUCCAGAUGUACAGGAGCAUGAAGCAUGAGCAGGCAAUGCAAGGAGAAGCAGUGGGAGUAGCAGCCAAGAGAAAUGCACAGCUUGGGUUGUACAACGGGCAACGUGACAAUCAAUAUUGCUCCCCAAUGUCAACUAAUUACAUGGAUUAUGGCCCUGAUGAUCAUGAUCACCAGCUUCCCAAGAGGGAAUUGGGGAGGAGAGACGAUGACGAUCAACGCCAUCGUAAUUAUUACAUCAUCUUCAAUGACAUCUUGAAACCCACAAGCUGUGUCCAGGAGGAACAUGGUGAUAAGGCCCAUCACUAUUGUGGCCCAGAAAGCUUGCUUGGAGAGAAGGAGGAGAAGGAUGAGGAAGGCCCAAUGUUGGCCCUGUCUCUGGGCUCGUUGGCUGGGACCAAGCCCAAUUGCAAUCCUCAUCAGCCCGCCAAUUCAAGUCAUGUUUCACUGCACCUGACCCUGUAGCCUGAAACUAAAAAAGUCUUAGCUUGUAAAAUGUGUUUUGGAGGGGGAUUGUGAAAUGUGUUUCUUAGGUGCAGAAAAAAUUGAAAAUCUAAAGAGGUUGGUUUUAUUUUGUAGUUGGGCAUGAGUUAUAGCAUCUCUAUAAUAUAUUAUUUUAGGUUAUAAAAUUGAAAAAAAAAUAUGAUAAGAUAAUAGGCUAUGAGAGUUGAGAAGUCUCAAUUCCAAUAGGUUGCUUUAAUUUUUUUAUCUUUUUUAUUAUUAACCUCACUCAAACUUCUGGGUGAUCUGAGGUAAGGUAAUUGGCUACCACACUCAUUUGACACCCAGAGAGAGAAUUGAGGACUAGUAUGAUAAUCCAAGAAACGAUUUCGCUUUCAAUAGGUCGCUUUCAAUAGAAUUGAGAGAUGUUAUAAUCAUUUAUGAACCGAUUUCAACUCCAACGUUUUGUUAUGAUUUUGUUUUCAUUUAUAGACUCCUCACUUUAAAUUUUGACUUCGAAGAGAUAAUUGAGUGAUUCCAGAUAAUUCGAAACACGACUUUCAUUCUAAUAAAUUACAACCCUCUGACUCUAAAUUCUGAUUUCGUCGUCAUUCUCAAUCGGAAGGCAACUAGCUAGCCGGCCGCACUCAUUCGGCAACCAAAAGAGAUAAUUGAGGCUGCAACGAUUCCUAUUUCCCAUUAUAUAAUGUAAUGUAAUGUAAUGUGCAAAAUGAAUGAUUAUUUGAUCCCAACUAGAGCCCUAAUUAUGUAGCAAAUGUAAGAUUAUUUAGGAUCAACGAAACAACAUGCAAAUUAUUAUAAUGUUAUAAAAAUCGGUACUGGCUUCCACUCAGGGAAGUUUAACUUGAGUUGGAGCAGUUGGAAUACAAAUAUUCCCCAGCAGACCACAUGCUGUGCAAUUUGUGACUUGUGAAUCAUAUAGAGACAUUGUUAGCAAAAUAGGCAACAAAGUGAAGUGGAGUAAAUUUUACAGAUGGAU